AGCAGCUGAGGCACGACUCAUCGGGAUGGAGAGGUCAAAUGAACUGAACAGGAUGAAUAAAGAUUGCGGAUGAGCACGAAAUGUCGUAUUUGCGCAUAUAUACGAUGGCUGUGCAGACUAGUACCUAUCCGGCUAGGACUCUAUUGAUGGUAGAUGGUGGUCACCCUCUGAUGGCUGACACCGGGCUGUAGGUGGCCUUGGCGAUGGCGUCAAAUAGGGGCGGGGAACAGCUGGGGACAGGGGUUACGUAAGACAGCGGAAUCGCACAUGGGAGGAGCCAAGAGCGAGGAGGGGCUGUGUUGGAGAGCUUACCGCUCGACUCAACAAUAGACCCGUUGGAGCGAAAUCCAGACGAACAACAGAGCCGGCCAAAACCCCUCUAUGACGAAAAUCUAGCUCUAGUGCACCUCCUGAAUCGCUCCCUACAGCCGACUGCACAGCACACAAGGUAGCCCCGUGAUUGCGAGCUCCGUCUGAUGAAGCUUCUUUGGCCCGUGUAAGCUAAAGUUGACCAACACCCUUCAAGUCUUAGCAAAAAACAGCAGCCACCUCCUGUUCGAAUUUGUUUGCUCCCAGCCAACUCCGACCUGUCGGACACCGCCCUCUCACCUCCAACGCCAAAGCCACACAUCUCCGCCGCCCACAAUGGCUGCCGUCACGACUGCACCCGCUCCUCUGGAGCUGAAUCCCAAGCACGACGACUAUGACUUCCCCACCAUUGCUCCCGUCGCCGCCAACGGCCACCCUGGCCAUCUGACCGCCGAGCAGCAGGCCCAGGUCUCGCAGCUGAGGAUGCAGCUCGAGAGCCAGGGCUGCACCGAACGCCUCGACACUCUGACCCUGCUGCGUUUCCUGCGUGCACGCAAGUUCGAUGUCAACCUGACCGCCAAGAUGUUCAUCGACUGCGAGGCGUGGCGUAAAGAGACCAAACUGGACGAGAUCCUCCCCACCUGGGAGUACCCUGAGAGGGCCGAGAUCUCCAAGUUCUACCCCCAGUACUACCACAAGACCGACAAGGAUGGCCGGCCAGUGUACAUCGAGCUGCUGGGCAACGCCGACAUCACGGCCAUGAACAAGAUCACGACGCAGGAGCGCAUGCUGACGAACCUGGCGGUCGAGUACGAGCGCGUGGCGGACCCGCGGCUGCCCGCGUGCAGCCGCAAGUCGGGCCACCUGCUCGAGACGUGCUGCACCAUCAUGGACCUCAAGGGCGUGGGCAUCUCCAAGGCCUCGCAGGUCUACGGCUACGUCAAGGCGGCGUCCAACAUGUCGCAAAACUACUACCCGGAGCGCCUCGGGCGCCUGUACGUCAUCAACGCGCCCUGGGGCUUCUCGGGCGUCUGGGGCAUGAUCAAGGGCUGGCUGGACCCCGUCACAGUCCAGAAGAUCCACAUCCUAGGCAGCGGCUACCAGAAGGAGCUGCUCGAGCAGGUGCCCGCCGAGAACCUGCCAAAGUCGCUUGGCGGCACCUGCGAGUGCCCCGGCGGCUGCGAGCUGUCCGACGCCGGCCCGUGGAACGAGAAGGAGUGGGCCCGCCCCGCCAAGUGGGAGCUCAAGCACCAGGAGAAGCUGAAGGCGGGCGGCGCCCCGGCCGCCGCCCCGGCCGCCGCCCCGGCCGCCCCCGCCACGACCGAGGCUGCCCCUGCGGCUGCGGCUGCUGAAGGCACGGCACCGGCCGCGGCUUAGAAACCGAAGCGGACCUCCAUCUGGCGACGGUGAUCGGGACUCUGCCCUGACCGACGUUUUUGAUUAUUAUCCAACAUUCUUGAUAUAUCGUUUCUUCUCCAUUGUCCUUGUGCUAGAAUGCGCUGCUGGUUGCACGGAGGUGCUUUGGGGGGUGAAGUUCAAAGUACGAAUGUGGGUGGUGCCUAUGUGAACAGAAUGCCUGGUGGAUUUCGUGUCUGCCUGUCGAGUGGAUGGGGGAAAACUCGGUAGAGGGGGGGUUGUCACUCAUUGAUUUAUUCGACUUCAUGUCUCAACCACCAAUGUGUUCCUGUCGACUAAGGACUACUAUGGUCAACCCUAUCCAAGUAAUACAGAUAGAUAGGUACCUACCUAGACUCAAGCCUCUUAUAAAAUAUGUAUAGAGCUUUCCGAACAGUCUUGGUUAUAACUGCU